AAUGAACCCUGACGCGUCUAAUAAAAAAAUUACAAAGUCUCUUUUAAAUAAUAAAUUAGCAAUUUCAUCGACCCUUUUGUUAAAUAAUUACCAAGCUUUUUCAUACGUCACGUCACGUAUUUCCUGUCUCGUUCUUUUGUCAAAUAUUAGAAAGAGACAUAUACCACGUGGAAAUAAGGUUGCGGUCACAGGUUAAACGAAUUCCAGAAAGCACACAAAUUAGGUUAUAAAGCUACUCUAAUAAUUAUUUUAUUUCAGUUACUAAUAUGGGAAAGAAUAAAGGUUCUCGUGUAGCAGCAGCUAUACUAAUAUCUACUAAUUUACUUUUUAUGAUAUUCUGCAGUAUGUUAUUUGCAUUAGGUCUGUGGAUUAUUUCCUCACCAAAUACAAUUAUAUUUUACAUCCAAGCUUACGGAACUCCUAUUAUCAAGGUUCUAUUCCCAAGAGAGUUUCUGGACGUUCAAUUAGGAAUAGCAUUAUCUCUGCUGGCUAUAUUCUUUUUCUUUAUAUCUCUGAUGGGAUUGUAUGGUGCGAUAAAAUGUUCACAGUUUCUAUUAUUUAUGUACUCAAUCCUUGUGUUUCUCCUCUUGCUAUUGGAAUGUGCACUCAUCUUCUAUUAUACUUCAAAUAUAAUAGAGAAGGGAAUCCAAGUAAAUGAUGGUCAUAUAACUCACGUAUUGAGGCUUGCAUUUCGUUGUUGUGACAAUUAUACUGCAGAACAUAUUCAGCCUCCAUGGUCGUGUUGUGGCAGCGAAGGUUACCCAAGUAAUUGUACUGCAGAUAAGAGCUACACUAAGAAUUGUCAAGAAACUAUAACAAUAUGGAUUCAAAAGUACCAGGCGAUCAUAUACUCGUCGUUAGCGGUACUGCACGUGCUAUUGUCGUCCUGCUCUCUCCUGCGCCGGGCGUAUAGUGCGUCCUCCUCGCACACUUAGCGUCAACAAAGGAGUGGGAACACUCCUAGGAAACGCUCAGCGCGCGUCUCCCCCCACCCUCAGGGUGGUGACGACAUGGUCAUGAUAGUACUGGGAAGAGGUAGAUUGGGUUGGCAGAAACAUGACUGAGAC